AUGAUCGAGACGCCAUCGUCACCGGAGCCUCCCGACUCCCGAGGAAUUGACCGAGGCAUCGCAAGUUAUUGGCCACGGAGCUUGAAGGUACUGGAAUUACUGCAAAUUUGUGUGGCUCCAGGGGCGGUGGCGACGGACAUGUUUUUCGAGGGGAGAACGGAGGAGAUGGUGAGGAAGGUGUUAGGGAUGAUUCCGGGGGAGGUCAUUCGUGUCAAUGGUGGCUUUGUCUGA